GCCCACACAUUCAAUUCAGGCCAUUGAAUUCUACGAACACGCAGACCGGCAUCAGAGCAAUCGUGAAGGUAUUCAUCAACCAUUCCGUGAUCCCUCAAAUCAGUCAAAAUGGCCGCCACUCUGCCCAACGUUUCCGCCGACCUGAUCUGGGAGGUCGUCCGCGCCCAGAAUGCGUUCCUGGUCAACCGCAACGACGCCGGCGGUCUCCAGCUCUCCCGCGACCCCCUUAACCUGGUCAACAAGCACUCCCGCAAGUACGCCGGUUUCGUCAACGACAAGGCCAUCGGCGUUGUCCCCAACGAGAAGGGUGGUGUCAAGGUGAUCAGCAAGAACCAGAAGAACUCCAACAAGCCCUCCAAGGGCUACACCGAGGUCACCUACGGCGGCAACAAGUCUUCCCGCAAGACCUACUCCGCCGUUGCCCGCCAGGCUGCCGCCGGCGGCUACCGUGGCGACCUCCGCGAGGCCGCCGUCCAGCGCGUCUCCGCCAUCCGCCGCUCCCAGCGUGCCGUCAAGGCCACCCCCGAGAAGAAGUCCCGCGGUGUCAAGGCCAAGGCCGCCGCCGCUGCCGAUGUUGAGGCAUAAAUGUUGAAAUGCUGAUUUAAGCGGGCGGACUGGACAACAAAAAAGAGAAAGACACAUGGCUUGGUUUGGGCGUUACGUCGAGCAAAUAGAGAAUACCUUUUUGUGAGGGACACAGGCGAAACAAAUCAAAAGCUUGAGUCAAAGGCCACAAAAUAAUGACUGGGACUGGUUUUUCGUUUUGCUCCAAAAGAGUGUUGUCCUCCUCUCCUCGUUUGAUGCCGUGCGUGGGAGGGAUUCGUGAGGCUCUUGGCCAAUGACUUGGGAGGAUGAUGAUGAUGCAUGUUUGAGUCUACCUUAUCUUGUGCCAUGA